AUGAGGAUCGAUAAUGAAGAAGAUGAUUAUUCUUCCGAGGACGAUUAUCUUGACAACGAGAAAACUUUGUUGAAGAAAUUUAGAAAUCAAAAAAGUGAAUAUUCCGAUGAAGAGGAACAAGUUUUUGGUGUUGGUCCCGAUGAUGAUUCCGAGGACGACAACGAGGGCAGUGGUGAUGAUCAAAGCGACUUGGCAUUAAGUGAUGUAGAAGGGCAAAAUGAUGAUGAUGAUCUACCGGAUGUUCGAGCUUGGGGGAAAGAUAAAAGGAAAUUUUACCAAACUGACUAUGUAGAUCAAGAUUAUGGGGGAUUCCAAGGCAAGGACGCGCAUUUGGCUGAUCUGGAAGAAGAAGAAGCGAGGAAUUUGCAAAAACAAUUAGCCGAACAAUUAGAUGAUGAUGAUUUCGCUUUAGAUAUAUUUUCAAAAAGUACGAAAGAAGAUGAAAAACAUCAGGAAGAGAUCAUCAAAACUGAUGUUUCUAAAUUAACGAAAAGACAAAAAUUAGAAAUAAUUCAAAAGGAAUCCCCAGAAUUUUUUAGUUUGGUUGAAGAUUUUCAAGCUAAAAUGCUCACAGCCAAAAACUUCUUACUACCAAUUUUGAGAAAAGCCAAAAACAACGAAAUACCACAAAGCAAUGCUGUAGAUUUCGUCCAGACGAAAUACGAGUUAAUUUUAAACUAUUGCACAAACAUUUACAUGUACAUGUUGCUGAAGGUUUCCAAAACAAACAUUCAAAACCACCCUCUGAUCAAACGUUUGUACCAAUACAGACAGCUCCUUCUGCAAUUGGAACCCAUUUUCGAAGAGAUUGUUAAACCUCAAAUAGAAUUAAUGCUAAGCGAAGAUAAACAAGACGAGAAUGUUAAAGUUAAGAGCAAGAAGAAAACGUUGAAACUUCUGACGAAACUUCAAAAUCAAAACGAAGUUUCGCUAAAGAGGAAAAAGGAUGAUAAUUUGCAACCCGAAAGAGUGAAGAAGGUUAAAUUCGAAGAUGAAAUACCUGCAACCGAUAAGUCGAAGAAAACGUUAACGGAAAUUAAACAAUCUGAUUCUUCGGAGGGCGAGGAAGAUUUGGUUCAAAACGAAGAAAUCGUUCAGGAUAGUGUAGAAGGCGAACCUUCAAAACGCGCAAUUACCUACGAAAUGGCCAAAAACAAAGGUCUUACACCUCACAGGAAGAAGGAACAAAGAAAUCCUAGGGUUAAACAUAGGCUCAAGUACAGAAAAGCCCUCAUUCGCCGCAAGGGUGCUGUACGCGAACCUAGAAAAGAACUAUCGAGGUACAGCGGAGAAAUAUCCGGUAUCAAAGCGACCGUAUCCAGAAGUAUAAAAAUUAAAACUUAA